CUGUUCGCCCUCGCCAGGAACACACACAGCUUGCAUCAUGAACUCUCGCGUGUUCGUCGCUCUCCUCCUGUGCGGCCUCUGGGCCUCCUCUGAGUCUCUCCUCCUCUUGGGAACCACCGCCGCAGCCGGGACCAUCGCCGCUACCACUGUCACCGCUUCUGCAGCAGCAGCUUUGGGCGUGGGCGCCCUGGCGGUGCUCAAGGGAGUUCUUAUCGGGAAGCAUCUGAAGCGCCGUUACAGGAGGGACGUCGAUUCCAUGGAGAUCAAGGACGAAGUUGAGGUGGCUGUCGCCCAGAACCUGGAUUCGGCCGGCUGCAUCGCCAAGUUGCUCUGCGAGAUCGAGGCAACGCCCGCCGAUCGCCUCACUCCUUCCAUGUCCACCUUCAAGACGGCCUUCGAGAAUCCCGACAACCUCAAGUCCUCCCGCAUCGAGUACGACCAGGCCAUCGCCCUCGCCAAGGACGACCCCAAGGCUUGCAGCGUCCAAUUCAGCAAAUGCAUCCUUUCCAGGGAGGAUCUCUUCGUCAUGCUCGACACCGUCUUCUCAUGCUAGAUAAAACCUCAUCAUUCACCCAUCACUCAUUUUAUACAAACAUUUAUACUCAGGAGGAGUUUACUAGACAUUCUCUUUCUCAUCUUGAACAAUCAUUCAACCAUUUCAAACAUUUCACAUUCUAAUUUACACACAACUGAUUCACUUUCCCUGAGCAGAGAUUAGCUGUCAAGAAUCAAAGACUGGAAUCUCGUGCAAAGUGUGACUGAUUGGAUCUGAGAACCUGCUUCUGUGCUUGCAAUAAACACUAAAAUUUA